AUGGACUCGUCCAGGGCCCGCGUCUCCAUAGCAACGGGGGGCGGGGCGCCGCGCCUGCUCCGGGCCUUCCCGCGGGGCGUGGCCGGCGCCGGCGCGCGCCGGGGCACCUGCUUCGGCCCGGCCCUCCUCCGAGCUCGCCGGGAGAUCGCGCCUGCCACUGCUUUGUACACCGAAAGUGCAGGGAAGGAGGCGAUUCCCGCGGCUCGUGUUCCCGGGGAGUCGCUGGGGACCGCCGAGACUCCAAACGCCCCUGGGGCAUCCGUACGGAAAGCCUCCAACAUGGCCGCCCCCGUGUGUCGGCGUCCGUACGGGAGCGGCCAUAUUACCCGGUCAAGGCGGCUGUCCGUCCGCCCCGAGGAUUCUAGACUCCCCCGGGCCGCCGUAGAGGUCCCGGUUCGCUCCUGCACUGGGGUGCUGGCGGCUGCGGAGGAGGAAGGAGACGCGAUGCUCGAGGCCCCGGAGCCGCCGACGCUGGAGGACGUGGCGGUGGUGUUCAGCUGGGAGGAGUGGCGGCUGCUGCGCCCCGCGCAGAAGGACCUGUACCGGGACGUGAUGCUGGAGAACUACCGCAGCCUGGUGGCCGUGGGCGGUGGGGCCGGCCAGCCAGGCGCCCUGUCCACGCUGCUCCGGGGAGGACCGUGGACGGCGGGCAGCCGGGCCGACGCCGGCGCGGCCGAUCGUGGCGGGCCGAAGCCGUCGCGGCUGGGGGGCGAGGGGAGCGAGGCAGGGCCGUGUCCCGCGCGGCUUCCGUGCCGGGACACCGGUCCGGAUGGCGUUCACCUCCGCGGGGAAAGCGCGCCGCCCGAUGUCACCCGCGUUGCCCCGGACAGCCGUGCGGGGUCCCCGGCUGGGGCUUCCUCUCGGCGGGCCAAUGGCGAGACCGAAGUCUCCACGAGCCGGAUACCCCUCGGCGCGGGAUCGCCCCCCGCCGGGCCCACGCGCGAGACAAGUCAGAAAGCCAAGAAGCCGCACGUGUGUGCCGAGUGUGGGAAAGGCUUCAGCCGGAAGUGCUGGCUCCGCGAUCACCGGGUGGUGCACACCGGGGAGAGACCCUACCGCUGCGACCUGUGCGACCGCGCCUUCUCCCGGAAGUUCAUGCUCACCGAGCACCGGCGCACGCACACGGGAGAGAAGCCGUACGCGUGCGCCCAGUGUGGGAAAGCCUUUCUCCGCAAAUCGCGGCUGGACAUCCACGAGAAAACGCACACGGGCUCGAGACCCCACAAGUGCGGCGAGUGCGGGAAGGGCUUCGUCCAGAAGGGCAGCCUCAUCAUCCACCAGCGGAUCCACACGGGCGAGAGGCCCCACGCGUGCGGCGAGUGCGGCAAGGCCUUCAUCCAGAAGAUGUGCCUGAUCGCGCACCAGCGGCUGCACACGGGCCGCACGCCCUUCAUGUGCGACGGCUGCGGGAAGUUCUGCUCGCAGAAGGCCGGCCUCAUCAAGCACCAGCGCAUCCACACCGGCGAGCGGCCCUACGGCUGCGGCGAGUGCGGCAAGGCCUUCACCACCAAGCCCAAGCUGGUGGUCCACCAGCGGACGCACACCGGCGAGCGGCCGUACGCCUGCGACCAGUGCGGCAAGGCCUUCGCCUACAUGUCCUGCCUGGCGAAGCAUAAGCGAAUACACGCGCGGGUCGGGACCCACGAUCCCGCGCCGGGGAGUCCUGCGCAGAGCCACGGGCCGCCAGGCCCCGCGCAGGGCGCACAGGGCCCCAGCCCGGUGGGCGCAGGCAGCGUGGCGCCCUCGCAGGGCCCCUCUGGGGGCCUUCAGACAUCACUGAAUAUCGCUGGGCUCCCGGAAAAUCGGGGCGUCGUCCUGGUGGGACAGCCAGUGGGGUCGGGAGGGGUUGCACAGGAGAGGAACCUCGCGUACGUAGUGAACUCCGCCCUGCCGUCGGUGGUCAAUUACGUCUUGUUCUGUGUCACCGGAAACCCGUAGGAAGGAGGGCUGAGCAGACACGUCUCGUUCCUUCCAGGGCUGCCAGUGUGUCCACUGAGAGAAACCACAGACAACACAGACACUCCGACAGACGAUAAACAGCCAGUCAAUGGAGAUGGAUGGCCCACGCCUGUAAUCCUAGUCACUCAGGAGGCUGAGAUCAAGGUUCAAAGCCAGCCUAGGCA